AUGUACUUGGAUGAACAAGAACCAAGAACAGGAACCUCGGCAGACACCACACCUCUGGAGAAACAGGGGCCCGUUCCCGCUCAAGUUGGGGACCCAGGGCUGCCCGCCAGCGGGGUGUCCGGCCGGGGCACUGACGAAGGAGAGAGCGGCGAGCGCUGCAUCAGCGAGAAACGGGCUCUGAUUGUGUGCAGCCGGCACCAUCACUCACCAGAAAACCCAAGAGAAUCCACCGAGACACCAUUAGCACUAACGAGAGCUUCUGACAGUGUGGCCGAGCCGGAGCCCCGUUCGCGGAGGGCCGGCCCGCUCCAGGCAGCGUGGGAGCAGGGGCCCACGCCAACCCGGACAUCCCGGGAGACCACCCGGCGCUCCCGCGGGAACCCGGCACGGAGGGAGGCGAGCCCGUCCCAGGGGCCGCAGACCGUGUUCAUCGGCGCCCGUCAACACAUGGCCGUCUCCCCAGAACCUGGCAACCCGUUUCCAAAAUUCGUGUUGAAGUCAACGUUGGCAAGAGCAGUGCAGCAAGGAGCAGAGCCAAGCGGCCACAACACGACGCUGGCGGGCGGCCCCCACCAUGCAGCACGCCUGCCCCGAGAGCCGCGUACCCACUCGCGCAACAGCGGCUUCGGGCCUGCGGUCUCCGCCGGGACGCCGUCUCUGUGCGGGAGGCAGGGCCCAUCAGCCGUGGUGAGGCCGCACCCGCCCAGACGGCCGUUCACCCCGGACGGUGCCGCCGUGAACCGGCAGGUCCCUGGGGCUGUGGACGCGUCGCAUUCCUGGGGUUCGCGGAACCUGGAACUGUUCACUCUUCUCAGCAGCAGCCCUUCCCCGGGAGCCCGGCUCCCCCGCACGGACCCAGGCGGGGGCUCCAGUCCGGUCCAGAGCCCCGCGGGCUGCCUCCCCCGGAACGUGCUCAGCGAGCGGGAGCGCAGGAAGCGGAUCUCCCUGAGCUGUGAGCGCCUGCGGGCCCUCCUGCCCCGGUUCGACGGCCGGCGCGAGGACAUGGCCUCCGUCCUGGAGAUGUCUGUCCAGUUCCUCCGGAUGGCGGGCAGCGUGCUGCCCAGCGGGGAGCAGCAGGCUGUUCUCGGCCCCUCCCAGGAGGAUUGGCACAAGUGGCAGUUGGCCCUGGGGAGCCAGGCCCCCGCAGAUGCACCCGACCCCGGGACCGGAGCACCAGGCACCAUCCCGCAGGAGCCCCCGAGCAGGGUGACCACCGGUGUGGACCAGGGCAAGACCCCCACGGGGCUGGCUGAGGCGCUGGACAGGCCAGCAGUCCUCCCUGGGACCUCCGGUCUGGCACCCUGGACCCCAGGCCCGAGUCCCUCCCAGGUCCUGAGGCCGCCCCCAGCCUGGCCUCCCUGCUCCUGGCAGCCGACCUCCCCGCUGGUGAGCGAAGAGGCUCAGAGCUGCCUGGGCCUGGCUGGGCCCCUGACAGAGCAGACUAUCCAGGCUGCGAUGCCGGGCGCCAGGUCCGUGCCCGCGUGUGGAGUGGAGGACGGGCCGUCCUUGCUGCUGAGUGCCAGUCCCGAGUGGUGGCUGGGGCCCCCCGAGGGCAGAGACAGUAGGGCCCCCUCUGGGGCCCCGGCCGGGAGCCCCCUGGACAGGACGGAGCCGGGCUUCCUGGCGGACCCUGAGCCCAGCGCCCAGGAGACCCCGGACGGCCCCCUGGAGCCGUGGGGCUGGGAUGUGGGCUGCCCCAGCCUGACCUUCCGGGACGAGGUGGACAGCAUCUUCCCCGACUUCUUUUCCUGCUAGGCGGCCGGGACGGGCCUCCGAGCGGCACGCGCUGCUUGGGCGAAUUAUUUUGGGUCUGGGAUGCAGCUGUG